AACCCCAGUAUGACAGUUGCUACCGGAGAUCCUGCAGACGAGGCUGCAGCUCUUCCCGGUCACCCGCAGGACACAUACAACCCUGAGACGGACCAUGAAUGCUGCGAGAGGGUGGUCAUUAACAUCUCAGGGCUGCGUUUUGAGACUCAGCUCAAGACACUAGCCCAGUUUCCAGAGACCUUGCUAGGGGAUCCUAAAAAGAGAAUGAGAUAUUUUGACCCUCUCAGGAAUGAGUAUUUCUUUGACCGGAACAGACCCAGCUUCGACGCGAUUUUGUACUAUUAUCAGUCUGGCGGGAGGUUGCGGAGGCCAGUUAAUGUGCCCUUGGACAUCUUCUCAGAGGAGAUUCGUUUCUAUGAACUGGGGGAAGAAGCAAUGGAAAUGUUUCGGGAGGAUGAAGGCUACAUCAAAGAAGAGGAAAGACCACUGCCGGAGAAUGAGUUUCAGAGACAAGUAUGGUUGCUCUUCGAGUACCCCGAGAGCUCAGGCCCUGCCAGGAUUAUAGCUAUUGUCUCCGUCAUGGUGAUUUUAAUCUCCAUUGUGAGCUUUUGCCUGGAAACAUUGCCCAUUUUUCGUGAUGAGAAUGAAGACAUGCAUGGCAGCGGGCUGAGCCAUCCCCCUUAUUCCAACAGCAGCAUGGGGUACCAGCAGUCGACCUCUUUCACAGACCCCUUCUUCAUCGUAGAGACACUUUGCAUCAUCUGGUUCUCCUUUGAGUUCUUGGUGAGGUUUUUUGCCUGCCCCAGCAAGGCUGGAUUUUUUACCAACAUCAUGAACAUUAUAGACAUUGUAGCCAUCAUUCCCUAUUUCAUCACCUUAGGGACGGAGCUGGCCGAGAAGCCAGAGGAUGGUCAGCAAGGCCAGCAAGCCAUGUCCUUGGCCAUCCUCCGAGUCAUCCGCUUGGUGCGGGUCUUCAGGAUCUUCAAGCUCUCCCGGCACUCCAAGGGGCUGCAGAUCCUGGGGCAGACUCUCAAGGCCAGCAUGCGGGAGCUGGGCCUCUUGAUAUUUUUCCUCUUCAUCGGUGUCAUCCUCUUCUCCAGUGCCGUCUACUUUGCAGAGGCCGACGAGAGCGAGUCCCAGUUCCCAAGCAUCCCCGACGCCUUCUGGUGGGCUGUGGUUUCCAUGACGACUGUUGGCUACGGAGACAUGGUCCCCACAACCAUCGGGGGGAAAAUUGUGGGGUCCUUGUGUGCCAUCGCUGGCGUAUUAACGAUUGCCUUACCAGUGCCCGUCAUAGUGUCUAACUUCAAUUACUUCUACCACCGGGAGACGGAGGGAGAGGAGCAGGCUCAAUAUUUGCAAGUAACCAGCUGCCCAAAGAUCCCCUCUUCCCCUGACCUAAAGAAAAGCAGAAGUGCCUCUACCAUUAGUAAGUCUGAUUAUAUGGAGAUUCAGGAAGGUGUAAACAAUAGCAAUGAGGAUUUUAGGGAGGAGAACUUGAAGACAGCCAACUGCACCCUAGCUAACACAAACUAUGUGAAUAUCACCAAAAUGCUAACUGAUGUCUAG